ACCAGUAGUCUGUAAAUCCGCGGCUGAAAGUGGGUGUGCCUGCUGCUCACGAUGACGUCCAGCCGUGACGCGCCGCCGGCGCCGUUCACGAUCGACUCUCUGCUGAGCAGCUCUGCCGUCAGCGGCUCGGCGCCGGUACCGACGCUGUCGCUGCCGCUGCUGUACUCGUCCUACCUGCUGCAGCCGAGGCCGCCCCUCUUCUCCCUGGCCGCCCACCCGCUGUUCCCGAUGGGUCUGCUCACCCCCGCGCUGCGGCCGCCGCGGGACGAACCGCUCAAGGGUGGCCUCCUCCCCGGCUACCCGUGUCCCGGGGAGCUGAAACCACCCUCCGGCUACCCUCCGGGCGAGCCGCUGCCGCCACCGCUGCAGACGUCUAUCCCCGUGUCUCUGCAGUCGUCACUGCCGCCGCCGCCGGCCGCCGGCCUGAACCCCGGCGAGAGGAGGUGGCAGGCCGACCGGAAACUGGACCUGCUGGCUGAUCAGCUGGAGGAGGUGCGACGCGAGUACGUGGAGAGCGCGCUCCGGCUCAAACAGGAGCACGAGGAGCCGCGGGAGCCGCCCAGGGAGCCGCGCGAGCAGGCCGAGCCCAGGGAGCCACCCGCACACUCACCGCGGCCACACGACAUUGACCGGGAGCUAAGUCCCGGCGCUUCUUCACCAGACGGUGGCUCGGAUAAGGAGGGUGACGAGGGCAUGGACUGCUCCACCGAACAUCAGCCGGGCGGCAUGAAUGGCAACAAGGCCCGGCGGCGGCGGACGGCCUUCACCUCCGAGCAGCUACUCGAGCUGGAGAAGGAGUUCCACAGCAAGAAGUAUCUCAGCCUCACCGAGCGCUCCCAGAUCGCGCACACGCUCAAACUCUCCGAGGUGCAGGUGAAGAUCUGGUUCCAGAACCGGCGAGCCAAGUGGAAGCGUGUGAAGGCGGGCCUGACCACCUCCAGCCGUUCUGGCGCGGCAGGAGGCGGCGGCGGCGGCACCAAGAUCGUCGUCCCGAUCCCCGUACACGUCAACCGGUUCGCGGUGCGCAGUCAGCACCAGCAGUUUGAGAAGUCGGGUCACAUGCUACCCGGCUGCGGCCCGGCCUCCGGCGGAGUCGGCCGGACCCCUCUGCCUCCCUCCCAACCUCUGCCCCCGAUGCACGGUCUGGCAGCGUCCAACCACCUCGCCGCGGGUCUGGCUGGCCUGCACGCGCUCCGACCGCCCGUGACGUCAUCGAACGCCCAGCAGUGACGUCAGCAGACGAGUCGGACUCAAGUCAUGACGCUGGGUGAUGGACGUUGAUGUGGACAUCACAGGGUCGACAGUGAUUGUGUUGAUGGUCGCUCUAACGUGCACGGUCUGACGCAUCGUGAACCUCCGAUGGGAACAUUAAUGACGUCACAGAUCGGGCAGUAUCAGCUGAUCGUUUUAAUACGUAGAUCGACUUUCUGUAACACCAUCCCAAAUGGCUGUUCCUGAAGGAUUUGGUGUUGGCUCUUUGUAAUGAUUCAGUUCAGCUGAGUCUGAAUUUGCUCUGUAUCCAAUCAGCAAACGAGCUGCAAAGAUGUCCGCUCUCUCUUGUCUCAGAUGUCGAAUGACGUAACACGUGACCGGGUCAGGAUGACAGGAGGGGAUGGUGACCUGGCGGUGACCCGUUGAUGAUCUUUGACCUGACCCGCCAAAGACCUCGGUCCUGUUCCUAUGGGCAAGGGCUGCUGUUUUGUUAUUUGCCGAGGAAAGAGUGGUGGCAACGGAGUGCAAUCCCAACUAACAUGUGUCUGUAGUCGGUAUAUAACUAUCUAGAAAUAUAGUGAGAGGCGCGGGUCUGCGGACAAUGUGAGAGUCUGCUGUUGCAGGUUACUGAUGCAUGGCAGAUUACAAUUUCAUGACCUCGCCCCACGUGAGGAAUCUGAGUGAAGAGGAGCCUGUGUAGCUAAUGAAAGUAAUGAGCUUUGUUUUAUUAAGCGGCGUUGGUAGAAAACUGGUUCAAGAAAACUGGUGAUUUUUAAUCUUGUGAAAUAUAUAGCCUAUGCAUAUACGAUUA